UAUGCACACGUUGACUCAACGUUCAUAUGUCAAUGUAUGCAUGUACGUCGCUACAUGAGUGUGUGUACAAUGCUUUAUUUAUUGCCGAUAAUUAUGCAAUAAUUGUCGACGGAGACAGAUUUGUCGCUUGUGAUACAAUGGAAACUCGCGAUUUUGAAAAAUUCACGACUUUACUCUUUUGAAAACGAAUUUAAGGGUUGCGCGAGCUUGAAGCACGCGACAUGUAGUUAUAUACUGCUGAUAUAAGUUUAUCGCUUUAUAUAUUUUGCAGAUGCUUUGGACAGGCGGUUGUUCGCGAUUGGCCCUUGUAUAGCUUUAUAAUUUUUAAAUUGUUCAUGCGCGAUACACUUUUCUCAAACUUGUCGGAAUUAUUAUGCAUCUACAGCAGACCGAUUGUUCCAUUUUUGUUGACGUUUUUUUUCUCUUGUUUAGCUAUACUCGCUUAUUUUUGCAAUAAACUGUGAGACGUUUGAUGGUGGUGAAGAACAAUGAAUGCAGCGUCGUAUAAUUUUCUUUUCUAAAACUGCAUAAACGAGAAGUUUUUACAGAGUGCUUAGCUGACUUAUUUUCGCUUUGAAAAAAAUGAAUCUGCUUGUUAAGCGUGAUUUUGCAGCAUCACCCUACAAAUCCGAAAGAGAUAAGCUCAUUUAUGUAAAACGAUUAGAUGUAAGAAGGUUCUUCAAGUUAUUAGAAAAAUUAGACGAUUUUCUCCAAAACGAUAGAUGUUGCCGAUUGGCCGAUAACUAUUUGAUAGCAAUGGUUUUUACAUACUUUUUAAGGGCCUCAUUCGAACCGGAAGAAUACACGAAACAGAAUUUUUUCGCAGCUUUGUUUCUCGCCUACAACAUGGAAGAGGACGAAGGUGAAUUUUCGGUGAUCGAACUCGAAGAUUGGCUAGAUUGUAGCCUCACUGAAUUGAGACAAUUACGCUACGAGCUUUUCCGGAGAAUAGAUCAUCGGGGUGCGGUAUCACGCUCUUGCUGCGAAGUUGUCAUGCGGUGUGCCAAUCCAGAGCACAAAAUUUGGCAGAGACGCCGACAUCUCUACCAUUCUGGUAUUGUCAGCAAAAAUACUUGGUGGCCUGACGGAAUCGAAAAGUUUUGUCCUGUGUGCGAAGGCGAGAGCGAUGAGGAUACAGAUUACGAGCGAAAAACGGACGUUCAUCAAAAUCACUCAUAUAAACGUAAUGUUGCUUUAUUAUUUGAAGUCGUAAAAAGUACACAAUAGU